AUGAUUCCAAAAAAGGGACCCACAACAGGGCCCCAGACAGGAUUGCAAAAUGGACCCUCACAACAGGGCCUCAGACAGGAUUCCAAAAUGGAGCCACACAAAAGGGCCCCAGAAAGGAUUCCAAAAAAGGCUCCCACAACAGGGCCCCGGGCAGGAUUCCAAAAAAGAGCCCCACAACAAGGCCCCAGACAGGAUCCCAAAAAAGAGCCACAGACAGGAUCCCAAAAAAAGGGCAUCACAACAGGGGCCCAGGCAGGAUUCCAAAACGAGGGCCCCACAACAAGGUCCCAGACUGGAUUCCAAAUUGGGACCCCACAACAGGGCCCCAAGCAGGAUUCCAAAUUAGGGCCCCAUACAGGAUUCUAA